AUUUAGAAGAAAAAAACUUUGGAAAUAAUUGACUGGACAGAAAUUUUUCCCGGGAGAGCUAAAGAAAUAGUCACUAUCUCUGCGACGGAGCUCUGAAGCACCACCGCCGUACUGCUGCUCGACGGCGAUAGCUUUCCUCAAACUCCUGUUUUCCUUGCCUGAAUUCAAAACCAUCAAAUCCAUAGGACUAGGAGUACGUGUUUUAGUCCAGCUUUUGGAACCCUAGCAAAACAUUAGGCCCUUUCUUCACCAUGUGUGAUGCCGUAUCUUCAAAAACUUUCCUUUUACCUUAUUCCAUUACAGUAUCGCCCAAUUCCAAGUUUGGUAGUUGCAGUUGCAUAUCCGCAAUUGGGCGCACGCUACGGAUUUCGACCCCUCGAAAUGGGGGUUCACAAUUUACCCGUGCUUGUUUCGGAUCGAAUGAAGCCGAUGACAAUUCAGCGAAAUCGACAAAUUCGAUGGAAACUAGUCGAAAUUCGAUUCGAACAGCCUUUAGUGGGGAACUAGGGCUUAAGGAGAGAGGAAAACAGCAAAUUGACCUCAAACGUGGGAAAGAGAAAUCGAAGAGCGAAAACAGGGUUUAUAUGGGUAAGGAAACAAAGGUGGAUGCUCGAAUUAAUGAGGCGUCGAUUUCGUCUGGUGUUGAUUUUAUUGAGAGGUUGAAGGAUGAGGAUUUGGUUAGAAGUGAAGAAGGGUGUGAUGAGAAGUUGGAGGAAUUAGAGAGGCGAAAUGGGGACCGAAAUGCGAGGAGGGGUAGACAACUGAUGAAGAGAUCAAACAUGUUGGCAAAGCAAGUCAUAAGCACCCAAUCUGCUCUUAGCCUAGGCUUUGUCUCACAGCUUUGGGUGGACACUGUAUCUUGGGUGGUAUUGGUGGUAGAGGUGCGGCCAAACUUGCUUUCUGGGGAAUCAGAAAGGUUUUUUCUGGAGAAUGUUAGUCAGGUUGGCGAUGUGGUGCUAAUCCCAGAUGAGAGUGUGCUGGAAAAUGACUUCCAUAUGGUUGGCCUGGAAACGUUGGUAGGAUACAAUGUGGUAACAGCAGGACGGCGAAGUUUUGGCAAGGUGCGGGGAUACACUUUCAACUUGAACUCAGGAGCUGUGGAAUCACUUGAGCUUGAUUCAUUUGGUGUAUCCAUCAUUCCAUCAAGUUUGGUGAGCACGUACGCUUUGCUUGUUGAGGAUGUGCUGGAAGUUGUAUCUGACACUGUUGUAGUGCAUGAAGCUGCAGCUUCGCGCAUUCAGAGGCUUACAAAGGGUUUUUGGGGUUCGCAAAGGUUGGGAAAAUCUACUGAUGAGUUUGGAGAUUAUUCUGACCCAGAAAGAGAACCUGUUCAAUUUGAUCAUGGGGGGAGCAGGCUAAGAGAUCAUGGUGCGAGCAGGCAGAAAAGCUUUACAAGCCGCAAGUUCCGCCCGAAAAUGAGAGAAAGUGAGGAAGAUUUGGAGCUUCCUAUGGAUUAUUUAUGAUCUGCUAGGCUCUGGUCCUUGCGCCUUUUGUGUAUAGUCUGAUCCUAUGUGCUACCUCCACUUGUUGUAACAUUCAUCCUAUCAUUUAGGUUAUACCAUCCCCCUUUACCAGUUGAUACUGUUUGAAACGAAGUUUGCUUCAAGUUCUUUUUUCAGGUCUGGUGUUUGUAUAUAAUUUUACCUGUAAAGAGAUGAGACUAGAAACGGCACAUAAUCACAGAGGACAUCGUUUCGAGAAAAAAAUACGCUGUUUGGGGGCAUGAUAUGAUUUGUUCAACUUUGUAGGGUUUGAGAAACUUUC